AUGCUACCACAACUCGACGUCUUUUCUUUUCAAAUUGUCGCCAAGUACUUUUACUUCUAUGAAGAUUAUGUUAAUGCUGUUCAAAUAAACAAAAAGUUUAUAAAAAUAUUAGACCGUUUCCGCUACAACCCAAUUUCUGUUAGUACUUUAAAACUGUUUCCUUACAUUGAAACACAGCACUCGUACACAGAAAAAGACACUUUAAUUCCAUUUGUUAAACGUUAUGUAGUGUGGUUUACAGUUUCUUUAACAGACUCGUAUUUUCCUUAUACAGAUUUGGAAGUUGUUUACAAACACGUUAAAAUAGACAACGAAAACUUUUUUACCGACGCAAUAAGUGACAUCAAUGAAAUACCAAAAUCAGUCAACAUUUACUCUUUAUCACUCCUCAACAAUUUCACAGAAAUAACCGAAUUCAGUGUUCCUCUUCACAUUACAAAAUUGAAAACAAGUGUUUUUGAUAAUAACACAAAUUUGGUUUCUGUUAAUCUUCACAACAACAUCAGAAAAAUACCAACAAGAUGUUUUUUUAACUGCGGCAAUUUAAAACAAAUAGAUCUCUCACCCACACUUACAAAAAUUGGAGAUUCAGCGUUCAGUCAAUGUGGAAUUGAAUCGCUUGAAAUUCCAGACUCCGUGUCUUAUUUGGGUGAAAGUACUUUUCAGAACUGCACAGUACUUAAACAUUUGACAUUUUCGAAAUCACUGUUUAUAAUUCCAAAUGGUUGUUGCGAUGGUUGCCAUGUUCUAAGCGAUGUGGUUCUUCCAGAGAAUCUUCUUGAAACUAGUUCGCGUGCAUUUCAGCAGAAUUACAAUUUGGAUGUCGAUAUUCCAAAGAGUGUCACUAAAAUAGAACAAGACGCGUUUUACGAGUGUCUUGGCAAUAUUUAUUUGGACCAGAAUGUUAAAAAGAGAAAAACUCUCCUUUGGAUAUUGACGUACUUUUUGGGGUGUAUGACUAUAACAAAGAAUGUAACCACGUUAUAUUUGCAGAGGAUUUACACAUUAAAAUCAAUUCAACUCCUUUCAAAAAAGAUAAGUACAUUAAAGUCAUUGAUUUUGGAAAUCUAA